AUGGAGGAAGUAGAUAACAAGGAAAACGGCCAACGAAGAGAAGAGGGGUUGGAUAGAGCAGGAUGGGACACUCCAAAUGACUGGAUUGUGUUUGUCCUGAGGUCUGCAAAGCGCAAAGCGCAAGCACUCUACUGCUCGUUGCCGUCACUGGAAUUAGCCGUAGUGACUUACGUAGUUUGGCAUACCUUUGGAGAGUUCAGUGCCCCUACUGACAAGCUGCCCUGGAACACAGGAAACAAGAUGAUUCUUGAGGCACUUCCCAACGAUAUUCUUUGCGAAAUCAUGGUGCAUGGGGCUCUUGAAACCCUACUCAGCCUUUCCCUUGUUUCCCAUCGUCUUCAUCCUCUUGCUCAGUUAUUCCUUUACAAAUCUGUUUCAAUCGUGGGGGAAGGAGCCCCGGUAUUGGAUUGCAGGCUUCAUCAAUUUGUUCGAACUCUCAUACUUCGUCCAGAUCUGGGCCGCAUUGUUCGCUGUGCACAGAUACGCUGGUACCACGUCAAACGCUCAGAACGUGAGCUUCCAGAAGAAGUGCAAAGAGAUGUCCACUUGAUACAACAAGCUGCCCAAGAGAAAGGCCUACACUCUCUUGCAAUCCCAUGGUUUCAAUCUGCUUCAUGCUAUGCAUGCUUUGCAUUGCUCCUCCAUUUGAUUCCCAACUUGAACACACUAAGUAUCUGUAUACCACAAUCCCCCUAUUCAUCCCGUGGCCCUCGAGAUCUAACGAAAUGGGUUGGCAACAGUAUUCCUCCUGGCCUUCGUUCUGUGUCCAAGAUUAAGCUCUUCUGGGAUGCGUUCAGGAUUGAGGAUAUCACCCCAUUCAUUUCUCUCCCCAACCUGUCUACUAUGUCUUUACAUGGGUUUCUUACCUCUGAGGAGUUCAGAAAGGGGGAUGUGCCAGCAAAGCAGUCAUUGAAUCUGCGAUCCCUCAUGCUUGCUGUUGAAGGGGAUCCAUUUCUUCUUAACAUCCUCCAAUUACCUCGGUCACUAGAGGAGUUCGUAUGGGAGGGUGAGAUAGAAGAUGGUGCACUAUUGCACCGGAGUCUUGCAUUCCAGUGCCAUAGCUUGAAGACAUUAUCUAUCUCUAUCCCAUGGAGCGCCCCACCUCAAUCAACACCCAUUGGAACGCUUUCCCAUUUCCAGUCCCUGAGAAGCCUUACGAUCCCUUGUUCCUUGUUCCACGAUCCAAACCACGGAGAAGUAGACCUCUUCAGUCUUCUUCCAACAACUUUGGAACAACUGACGCUAGACAUGGCUUGUUGGGAUGGUGAGACAUCCCUUCGACUUGUUGUUGGGAGGGAUUUGGAAGAGUGGAAGCAGAAGCAAUGUUUUCACCUUCCGGUGCUCGAUGAUAUUGUUUGGGUGUUUAAUCAGACGGUUGAUGCAGGAUUAGUGGAGAAGCUGGCCCAAAUAGGUGUUCAAGUGCAGUUCCCCAUAGUACACACAAUACAAUGA